UCAUCCUAGAUUACUGCAAUCCACUUCGGGACAUUUGCAUGUUUCGGAUACAGUCUUCGAUUCAUUUUUUGCUAAGAUAUUUUUUUAAACUGGCGUUCAAAAACAAACCGCAGAAGAUAAAGAGUUUGAAACUUUUUAGUCAUUGCAUAGUCAACGGUUAACUGGUUUUGGCUCCUUUUGCGCAGUUCCUGCCCAUGUAGUUUCAGAGGGUCACGGUCCGAUGAUUAACCUUAACGUUAUCAGAACCGCCGUUUGAAUAUGUGUUAAAGUAUAUCUGUUUCCAUACCCUGGAAGCAUCGUCUGAGAACCUGCCAACGCCUUUUCUUUCUUCGUUAUUCUGCGUGCUGUAGGAGAAGAUAGCUCCCAACUACAACGUACAGUUUUGAAGGUUAUAUUAUUCCCUUGUCCCCUUUUUUAUAAACGUUUUGAAAAAAUGGGUUGCACAUUAAGUGCUGAAGAUAAAGCAGCGACGGAGAGGAGUAAGAUGAUUGAUCGGAACCUGCGAGAGGACGGAGAGAAAGCAUCCAGAGAAGUCAAACUACUGCUGCUCGGUGCUGGGGAAUCAGGGAAGAGCACAAUAGUCAAGCAAAUGAAGAUCAUUCACGAGGAUGGCUAUUCAGAUGAAGAGUGCAAGCAGUAUAAAGUUGUGGUUUACAGCAACACUAUCCAAUCCAUCAUUGCUAUCAUCAGGGCCAUGGGCCGCUUAAAGAUCGACUUUGAAGAUCAUGCAAGAGCAGACGAUGCUCGUCAGCUCUUUGUGCUUGCCGGCACUGCAGAGGAAGGGGUCAUGACCCCUGAGCUCUCUGGGGUCAUCUGCCGUUUAUGGAAGGAUGAAGGAGUGCAGACAUGUUUCGCCAGAUCACGAGAAUAUCAGCUCAAUGACUCUUCGUCAUACUAUCUGAAUGACCUGGAUAGGAUAUCUCAGCCCAACUACAUGCCUACUCAACAAGAUGUGCUGAGAACUCGGGUCAAGACCACUGGCAUUGUAGAAACACACUUCACCUUCAAAGAGCUCUACUUCAAGAUGUUUGAUGUUGGUGGCCAGCGAUCAGAACGGAAGAAAUGGAUUCAUUGUUUUGAGGGCGUCACUGCCAUUAUCUUUUGUGUUGCACUAAGUGACUAUGACCUGGUCCUAGCUGAGGAUGAGGAGAUGAACCGAAUGCAUGAGAGCAUGAAGCUCUUUGACAGCAUCUGCAACAACAAGUGGUUCACAGACACAUCCAUCAUCCUCUUCCUCAAUAAGAAGGAUCUAUUCGAGGAGAAGAUCAAGAGAAGUUCACUCACAAUAUGCUACCCAGAAUACUGCGAAUCAAACACAUACGAGGAGGCAGCAGCCUACAUCCAGUGCCAGUUUGAGGAUCUGAACAGACGAAAAGACACAAAAGAGAUCUAUACGCACUUCACCUGUGCCACUGACACCAAGAAUGUACAGUUUGUGUUUGAUGCUGUCACUGAUGUCAUCAUCAAGAAUAACCUCAUAGAGUGUGGCCUCUAUUGAAAUGUCAUCUUUCUGCUAAGGUAUGUGCAAGGGCAUAUCUAAAGAGAAAAGGGCCAAACCCUAAAGGACAGCACCUUUCUCACUUUAGAAUGAGAAGAAUAUAACAUCUGUAUUUAAAGGGAUAGUGCACACAAAAAUCAUCCAUCAUUUACCCUCAUGUUAUUCCAAACUUGUAUGAAAUUCUUUCUUCCGUGGAACACAAAAAAAAUAUUAUAAUAUGCGAAAUGUUAGGUAGCAAUAGCCUCACUCACCAUACACUUUUAUUGUAUUGAAAAAAAAGAGCUACUACAACAUUCUUCAAAAUUUCCUUCUUGUGUUACAUGAAAGCGAGAAAUUACAGGUUUGGAAUGACAUAGGGCUCUAUUUUAUUGACUGUGUAAGGCACAGCGCAACAUGCUACUACCGUGCGCAGCGUCAUAUCCAAUUUUCGUGAGAACACUAAUUCUAAGCACAAUUUUCAUGCCAGCGCAAAGCGCAAAUGGCCAUGGGUGGGAGUGUUUGCGCUACUGUGCAUGUAGGCACGCAAACUGUGGGUGAAUUGUAUGUAAAUGAAGUGCUGCAAAGUAAAAAAAAAUAUUUUCCUAACAAUUUGGUUUUGUUUAAUAUCACCUCUUAACUCAGCACAAAGUCAAAAUUCAGUUCCUGAAAUUGCAGUUUGGAUAUUCCACCAGCAGGUGAUAAUAAAGUUCAUGUCGAAAUUCUGAAAGUACAGAACAUCAAAUAAUGUCCUUGAAGAUUGCUGUUGAAGCUGUUUGUGGAAUCAAAAGAUUAUGAGAUUUGUGUUACAUUUUCCAGAGGUCAUGGUUUAUUUUUUCAAUUAUGAUUAUUAGGCCUAUUGUCAUUUUUAUUGUUUUAUUGUCGCUACAAAAGGGGCUGGUGGAAGGAGAGAGUAAAAUAUUUGGAUUUGGUAUGAUUUUUUUGACCACUUAAUUAUUUUGAUUAUAUUGUCGUUUAAUUUGAAGUGCAAUUUGAAUUUAUACAUA